UUAAUUUAAUAAGAAAACCACAUGACAUCAUCGUUAUAUGCUAUUAUCGCUGUCCAUGGUGCUGCAUUGGAUCAAUAUAUGAUGCGUGUCUGAAAAGUGCGUCAUACGUCAACAAUUGAUCUGUUAUUUUGAUUAUUAGGCCUUUUGUGUUAAAAAUAUAGCCGAGUCUGAUCAAUAUAUAGGCCAAGUUUUCUGAAGGUUGUGAUUGGCCAGCAUCAUAUCAGUAUAAGUCAACGUGCUGAUGUCUGGGACAGAAAUAGACAGGAAUUCAACAUAUUGUGAUAAGAAUAAAACAGCUUUUUCCAUUCUGUGGAGCUGUUUGUUCCUUAACAAAGUCGAACGGGUUGAAAAUCAGUGUCUGGGCUUCACAGUUGUUAUCCUGAGCUAUUUUAGAUGAAACUUACCCCCUCUCAAAUCUUCAUUUGUGUAAACAGCUGUUCAUUUAAAAGUGUGUGUGUGUGUGUCCAUUUGUCAUUCCAUUCCUUUGUGUUUGUUUGAGGAACAGAGACAUGUGCUUGUUUUGUAUUUGUACUGUUGUACACUUAAGACAGUGACACUGAAGUGGAUUCAGUUUAGGUCAGUUUAGAUCAUGUAUUUGUGCUAAAUGUUUUAAUCUUGAAUAGACGCAAACACUUUUCGCUUAUUUGACAUGCUAGUCAUAUGAGUGGUUUUACGUUGAUUUGUUCUAUAUUUUACAUACAGGGGUCUCGUCUCACGGGGGCUGACAUGCUGAGAUCACAUGACCAGCGAUUAGACAGAAGUGUUUUAUUAUAUUUUAGUUAUGGAACAAACAAAUCAUGUAUGAACAUGGUGACACAUAAACAUAAUCUUUCUUUAUUAUAAGUUUAAACUACUUUUGUUUGUGUGACAGCUUUGGAGAUGAUGGACUUUAUUAUUUUUAUAGGGAUGAAAAUAUAGAUGCCGUAUGCAUCUGAGUGCAAGAUCAGUCAUCAAAUAUUGAUCCACAGAUGUUUGAAAAGUGUUUUUCAGUUGAGUGAUUUGGUCCAUUUAUCUUUGGUUUGUUUUGUUUCCUUGAGUGAAGAAUUAGGUCAGUAGCGCCACCCACAGGACACUUAUUGGCACGGAAUAAAAAGUGCAGGCUCCUCACAGCAGUUUUCAUGACUGACACAAAAACCACAACUUUAUCAUCCAAGUUCUGCAGAAGUUCAUAUCAGAAAUCCCUCAGAUAUAUUAAAAGGAAGUGUAUGUGUGUGUGUGUUUGAGAUACUGAGUAACUAACUACUGGAUGUUCUUCUCUUUAUUUGUUUUUUGUCACAUUCCCUGAGACUUUUGUUAGUCAGACUCCUCGAGAGAACCGCUUCAAUGAGUGAUCUUCAGGAGGAGGGCAAGAUCGCCAUCAACGCUCCUCUCCUUCAUCCCGGCGCUGAGCUUCUACCAGAAGACACGCUGCUGGAGGAAAAUGCAGAAAGGAUCAUUUUGGACCCCAACUCCAGAGAGGACCCUAGCUUCAAAGACCUGCAGAGGGUUCUCAUCGACUGGAUCAACAGUGAAUUAGAGGAGGAAAGAAUCAUCGUGAAGGUUCUUGAGGAGGAUCUGUAUGACGGACAGGUGCUGCAAAAACUAUUUGAGAAGCUAUCCGGUUAUAAGCUGAAUGUGGCAGAAGUGACGCAGUCAGAGAUCGGACAGAAGCAGAAACUGCAGACGGUUCUAGAGGCUGUUAAUGGACUUCUCAGACCGCUGGAGUGGAACACGGAGUGGAGCGUCGACUCAAUUCACUCGAAGAACCUGGUGUCCAUCGUCUACCUGUUGCUGGCGCUCACCAUAUACUACACGGCUCCCAUCCGUAUACCCGAGCAUGUGUCCGUCCAGGUGAUUGUGGUCAAGAAAAAAGAGGGAAUCUUACAGACGUCUCAUGUGACCAAACAACUGACGACGUCCAGCACAGAAAUGAUGAUGGGAAGGUCAGAACGUGAUGCAUUCGACACGUUACUGGAUCACGCACCUGACAAACUGAACGUAGUGAAAACGUCACUCAUCACAUUUGUAAAUAAACACUUGAACAAACUCAAUCUGGAGGUGACAGAGCUGGAAUCACAGUUUGCAGAUGGUGUUUACCUGGUUUUGUUAAUGGGGCUGUUGGAAAAUUACUUUGUGCCGCUGUAUAACUUCUUCCUCACGCCAGAAAGCUUUGAACAGAAGGUGCAUAACGUGGCGUUUGCUUUUGAGCUCAUGCAGGAUGGUGGAUUGCAGAAACCCAAAGCACGACCAGAAGAUGUGGUGAAUUUGAAUCUGAAGUCCACGCUCAGGGUGCUGUACAACCUGUUCACCAACUACAAGAACUCAGACUAACAUAUAUAGACAUACAUAGCCACGUGGGACAUCUUGCCCACGACGUGUGCGCUUACACACAUCCCUGCUGUUUAUUUUGUAUGUAAGAAUGAACUAUUUUGUAUAAUCUCUCUUUCUAUCACCUGACUUGAAUGUAUUUAGCUCUCUCAAUAUGUCAGAAUGUUGUUUUUGCUCGUGUUUGACCUUCUGCUGCUUAAAGCAUUAAAGAGGAAUAACACUUUGUCUGGGAAUGAUUCAUAAUCUUGUGGAUGUUUCUCAAAGAACUGCUGUAAUAUUUAUAAUAGCAAAUAAAUGCAGCUUUCUUCA